UAAAGUUCUCCAACGAUCUCUCCUUGAUAUCAUUAUGAAUUUGGAGGGUGGAAAAAUGGCAGCAAUUGCCGGCAAUGAGUUGCUGGAAGCUCAAGCCCACAUAUGGAACCACCUCUUCAACUUCAUCAACUCCAUGACUCUCAAAUGCGCCAUUCAACUAGGCAUACCAGACGCCAUCCACCGCCAUGGCCCUCACCCUAUGCCUCUCUCUCGUCUUGUUUCAGCCCUCCAACUCCAUCCGAAUAAGACCCAAUUCAUAUAUCGCUUAAUGCGACUAUUGACUCACUCUGGCUUCUUUGUAGCACAAAAACUGCCCAAAAAUAGUGGCUUAGAAGAAGAAGAAGAAGAAGAAGGGUAUGUCCUAACCAAUUCAUCUCGUCUUCUUCUCAAACACAACCCUUGCGCUGUAACACCUUUCUUACUUUCCAUGCUCCAACCAGCCCUCGUGGAACCAUGGCAGCUCCUCUCAACCUGGUUCCAAAGCGAAGACCGAACGCCAUUCCAUACGGCUCAUGGAAUGCCGUUUUGGGAGUUCUUGGGGAAUAAGGUGAAAGAUGGGGAGGGUUUCAAUGCAGGCAUGGCGAGUGAUGCGAGGUUGGUGAUGAGUGUGUUAUUGGACAAACAUAAAGGAGUCUUUGAUGGAGUUGCCUCGCUAGUUGAUGUCGGUGGCGGCACUGGAACUGUGGGCAAAGCCAUUGCAGAGGCUUUCCCACAAAUUGAAUGCACAGUGUUUGAUCUUCCCCAAGUGGUGGGUGAGUUGAAGGGUGAAGGGAACUUAAAAUAUGUUGAAGGAGAUAUGUUUAAAGCUAUCCCUCCUGCCGAUGCGCUUCUAUUAAAGUGGAUAUUACAUGAUUGGAGCGACCAAGAAUGUGUGAAGAUUUUGAAGAACUGCAAGGCUGCCAUUACGAGUAAUGGCUACAAAGGAAAAGUGAUGGUAAUUGACAUGGUGGUGGGCUAUAAAGGGAAGGAGUCGGACUCGUACGAAACUCAACUGUUCUAUGAGAUGUUGAUGAUGAUCUUAGUCGGUGGAAAAGAGAGGGAAGAAAAAGAGUGGGCUAAAUUGAUCGAAGAAGCUGGAUUUAGUGGCUACAACAUCCUCCCAAUCGUGGGCCUAAGGUCUCUUAUUGAGAUUUACCCUUGACACUCCCUUUUUAAUGGGUUAUGCUAUGUGUUGGGAUCAAGUUUGUAAAC